UGUUUAAAGUGGCUAGUGAUUACAUUUAUUACUUCCAAUUUUUUAUUAUUAAAGUGGCUCGAGAUUUUAGUCAGUAUGUUGUCAGCAGCCACUGAAUGUUAGUGAUGUGAUGGCCUUGAGAUAGAAGCUGUUUUUCAGUCUCUCGGUCCCAGCUUUGAUGCACUGGGCCCACUGUCUGGUGGACAGUUUCCUGUCCAUACCGGACGCCAGCGUGACUUCACAGUUCCAAGGCCAGGACCAGCUGAGUCAGCGAGGGGCAGGGGGUGAGUCAGCAGGCAAGCCAGGGCAUGGGAGCUCAGUGAGGUAUGUGGUGCCCCCCUGACAACUGGCACACCUGUGCAGUUAGGAUGGUGCCUGCCCCCUUAACCUCGCCCCACACAUCUGUCCUGCUGUGGCCUUUCACUGACCAGGGAGUCCUCUUGAUAACCUUUUCUUGAUUACCGUUUUUAAAUUGACAAAUUUCAACUGGGUCGUCGGCAGAAGUUGUAAGUUGAGUGAAAUGAAGGCUAAGACUUUGAAUAGCAGGACCAAUGGAGUCAGCAAUGGUUUCGUCCUCUGAAGCGCUCGCUAGACGAUUCAUCUGCUGCCACAAGCACAUCCUUCUGAGGGCCAAGUCCAGUAGUGAUAGAGUGGCAGAGUAGGGUCAUCACUGGUGAACAGAAAGGCAUUGAAGGAGCCGUUUGGGGAUGGGGAGAAUGUUCGCCUGGGCAGCCAGGAGAAAGACGUUCCCGAUAAAAUGCUAGAUUUGUUAAGUAAACUCGAGAUUCCACUUAUCAUGAGAGUGUCCAUCGGACUCAUAAACACACCCUUCUGAGGCCAAAGCGUCAUAGGAGCUGAGCCAGCAAGCCCAAGGGCUGAAGUGGACAACUUUGCGCUCUCUCUGUCCCUCCAUCCCUUCCUGUCUCUUUCCCCUCAUGCUCCUGGUCAAUUUCAAGUAGCCAAUGGAUCAGCUCUCGAGACCAAGGUCUCACAUCUGGUUGGUUAAGGCCCACUCAGAGCCACACACACCUCUGAGUGAAAGCUAAUGAAAAAUAUUGUGAUUUCUAAACAUACACUAUCUGCUGAAACUCAAUUCAGCCAGACACAACCUCGGCUCUAUUUGGAAAGUGAGAGUGACCACAAAGACCAUUAACACCCUACUCCUUUUCAAAAUAGUAGAAAAUAUGCACGCAGGAAUGAAACUGGGCAUUUGAAACCCUCUUUUAGUGAGGUGAAGAGGGACCAUUUCACAUUUUUUGGACUUGAAAAGGAGUCCCGCCACUUGCCAACCAUCUGGUGACGAUUAUGGGUUAUAAAACAGCCACAAAGGAGCUCCUUUUCCUCUGACUGCAGACUGAAAAACAAUAGAGACGUCUGGAACCCUAAAUAAUGGAACCUUAAAUCUCUUACCUACCGCCUGACUACACUCAGGCAACUAUUUUAGAAAUUACUGACAAUGGCCACGGCCUGUGGAGGGUCUCUUAUCUACCCAACAAAAAUCCAGGUAACCUGUACAGGUAUACAGACCAUUGCUAUAUUGGCAGUCAAAAGUGUGCUUGAUCCACCAAGACACUGAUUUGGAAGCACAUUUUGCCCUUCUUGAGUGCAAUGUUUACACCAUUUUUCUGCUUAUAUAACUAAAAUGACCUAGAGAUCCUUUGCCUGCUAAACAUAACAAGCAACUGAAAGUUAUGCACGCACAAAAACUGUUUGAUUAAAUGUCUCAUGCAGAAGAUCUGGAAGCUUUUUAGAAAUUUUAACCAGAAGAUAGCUGAAUUUAGUUGAGCUCCCUAUGGUCAGUGGAAGAUCCCGAACUGUGUGUGCAGAGUUAAACUCUCAGAGACACUUGACUUCCUCUUGCAGCCGUCUCCACGUAACACCUUGGUGAGCCCUCCUCAGAUUUUUCCUCAAAUAAAUGUUAUAAAUAGUGCUGUGUUCUGUUCAGCGCCGUGCCGUCCUCCUCUCAAAGCCCCAAGUGAAUAUUUUUUGCACUGCCCCCCUUUUCUCUCAGUCGCACACUCACUCUCUCACACCAGCUCACCUCUUGCCUUCCCUCUCUGAAUCCUCUCUCUCUCUCUCUCGCCCUGAGACUUUCUGGAGGACUUUUUCUAGCUUGGAGUGCCUGCCAAGCAGUGAGAAGAAGCUCUCAGGAAGAGGCAGAAGACCGGUAAGGUGGACAGACACAAGUCUAGAGUAGCAGCGUCAGCAUGCGGUGUGUGAGCUUUCUCUCGGUGUGGCCCUACCUGCUGGUCCUUGGCCCGGUGGUAUGGGGCGCUCCCAGCCAGUGCCCGGCCCUGUGUCACUGCCACGGGGACCUGCAGCACGUCAUCUGUGACAACGUGGGGCUAAAGAAUAUUCCACAGGUGUCUGAGGCCACCCGUCUGCUCAAUCUGCAGAGGAACAACCUGGGCAGCCUGCCCACCGGCUCCUUCGCCAGCAGCAAGGGUCUCAUCUCGUUGCACAUGCAGCACUGCCAGCUCCGCGAGAUCGGCGGACAGGCCUUCAAGGGGCUCAAGAAGCUCAUCUACCUCUACCUGUCCAACAACGAGAUCACCAGCAUCAAGCCGGGUGCCUUCGAGGACCUCACCGAGCUCACCUACCUCUACCUGGACGGCAACCGCAUCAGCGACUUACCCAAGGGCAUCUUCUCGCCCAUGAUCAACCUGUUCAUCCUGCAGCUCAACGAUAACAAGCUGCGCGACAUCAAGCCAGGCACCUUCGCCGGAGCCAAGGACCUGCGCUGGCUGCACAUGAGUGGCAAUGAGAUGAGCUCGCUGCAGCCGGGCUCUCUGGACGAAGUAGAGAACCUGGCCAUCCUGCACCUUGACAGGAACAGGCUGUCCACCUACCCCAGUCUGGCCAUGAGCAAGCUGAGAGUGGUGGAGGAACUGAGCCUGGCCAAGAACCCCCUGAGAAGCAUCCCUGACAACGCCUUCCAGAGCUUCGGACGCUACAUGGAGAAGCUGCACCUGGACGGCAUGGGGCUGGAGAAGUUUUCUGACGGGGCGUUCAACGGCAUGACGGCCAUCAAGUCUCUGCACUUGGACAACAACAAGCUCAAGUCCCUGCCCAAGAGCCUGGAGUUCACCAGCAUCACCAACCUCACGCUCGCCAACAACCCCUGGAGCUGCACCUGCACGCUAGCCCCUCUGCGCAAGUGGAUGGAUUCUAGCCGCCAGCGCCCUGAUGCGCUCUGUGCCGCUCCGUCCUCACAGAGAGGAAAGCAGAUCAGGGACAGCUCUGCCUUCAGCGACUGCACAGUUAAGACAAAGAGAGCCAAGAAGGGCACGCGCCAUUAAAACACAGGAGACGCUGCCUGAGGGGAAAGGCCUGUCCAGGUGACGGGCUCGGUACGUGUGCAGAGUAAGAAAGCGACGCUAACUGCUACUUAAAGACCGUCCAUCUCACUAUCUGUCAAAUAUCAUGCAUCCCACAACCAACAUUCAGACGAGCAGCCAUGUUGACUCUCCUCCUCUCGCUCUCCCUAAAGCCAGCUUUACACCCUCACCUCUCAGGACCCCAUCACCUGCUGCCACAGCAACGGCCUGCAUCAUCCCCCAAGCCCCCCCUAACAACCUUCCAAAUGGAAUGUUCCAGGCCAGGUCUCCCUUAAUUUAAUGUGGUUCACUCGGUUGGUCAUGUCUCGCUUCUCCCAUGAGAAAUUCUGUCAGACUGAGAAAACAACAUCCACUGUGGACUGUGACCGUAAAACGGACCUUGACAUAUUGUGACUUGACCCGACUCCUCUCAAAACUCUGACCAAAGGUAAGUGACACAACACAGCGCAGGCUGCUAAGGACUUUUUCUGAAAGGGUUUAUGAGAUAAUGGAGCAACGGCAAGUUGAAAAGGAACAUAGUCAGACAUGACAAAGAGAGGAGUCCAGUUGUCCAGCGGUAUCUUUCGUUUAAAGACUGUCCUUUGUAUGUAUUCAAUCUCCCAAGAGAUACGCAAAAAAAAAAAUCAUCCUUACAUGAAUGGAGGUUGGAAGUGUUUGCAGUGCCUUUAGGUCUGUUAUCACAGGAGGACAUGUUGUACAGUUCAAAAUGGAUUAGAGAAUAGGUAGCAGAGGUGUCAUGUCUGAGUCUUUGACUAAAUAAUAUAAUAUACUAAAUAUUUAGCCUUUUCCACACCCCCACUCCCACUGCUGUGGCAAUGCUUACACUGUGUGACAUUUCAUUUAAAGUAAUUGAUUUACAUUGAAAACAAGAUACUUUCUACUGCUAAAUCAAUGGAUUAUCUAUAGGCAUUGAAGACUUCCCAAACUCUGGGAGCAUGUAGGUACCCCCCUUUUCCUUUCAUAACUCUUAAUAUUUGACUCUUCAGCACCUUUUUUUAAUGUAUAUUGAACAUCAUAUUUUGGGGGGACAUCUAACAAAUAAAUAUGUAACCUUGUC